CACCCCUCAGUUGUUCACAAAAUGGACCAAAAACAUUGAUGUUUUGUCCAUAUUUUCCUUUGCAUGCGGUGCUUACAUGUUGUCUAGAGAGCGACUUCCUCUCCGCCCAAUUCUCUUCAAUUUCUCCUUUUUGGUCAUUACAAUCUUUUUCCUCGUCGUCCGAUUUCUGGACGGCGAGGCAAGCGAAACCGCCUCUCUCUCCGCCUUGUGCUACCGCCACCUUUUGUUUUCUUGUUUAUCUUGGUAAAAAAUGGCGAUCUUAAAACCCUUUCAACUUUUAGAAAUAAACAUCAUUUCCGCACAAGAUUUGGAGCCCGUUUCGAAGAAAAUGAAAACUUAUGCAGUUGCAUGGGUGAAUCAUCGUCGAAAGCUUUCGUCUCAUGUUGAUGCGGAGGGAAAUACAAAUCCGACAUGGAAUGAUAAAUUUGUUUUCAGGGUUGAUGAGGAAUUUCUUCGACAGGAUACAUCUGCUGUUAUGAUUGAAGUUUAUGCUGCGCAUUGGUUCCGGGAUACCCUUGUUGGCACCGUUCGAAUCCUCGUCGGGAACCUAAUUCCGCCUCCUACUCAUCCACACCGCCGCCGUCAAACCUUCGGUGGAAUGCGGUUUGUUGCACUUCAGGUACGUCGACCUUCGGGACGACCACAGGGAAUAUUGAACAUUGGUGUGGCCUUACUGGACAGUUCAAUGAGGAGCAUGCCAUUGUACACACAAGGUGCCUCGGCUGUUGGAUUUCGCAAUUUGAUGGAGGACCCAAAUCUCAAUAACCAUCGUCAAAAAAAAGACGAUGAAUACAACAAUAAUCAGGCACCGACUCUCAAGCCGAUACUGCGUCGCUCGAAAAGUGAACGUAGCGAACUCUUACACUUGGACAAUUAUUCCGACACAAACAGUUCCCUGGUAGCAAUCCCGAAAAAGAUGGAUGCUAGAGGAAAUGGCGGGUCGAUGCUGAGUAUAUCGGAAGCUGGGGAGACUUUCAUUAAGAGCAAGAACAAGAAAGGCAAGGCGAGUUCAGUUAUCAGUGGCGCAGAGCUUCGGGAGAAACCGAAACAGAAAGGUAAGAAAGGAAAGGCAAGUUCAGUGGUAAGUGAUUCAAUUGUUAGCAAAGAAACCUCCGUUUAUGACAAGAUUUCAAAGCCAGAUUUGAAGAACAAAGGCCAAGGAAACGUGGACAAAAAUAACGAAAAACCGAGGAAGGAAUUGAAUGGCGCCGCACCAGCAAACAAGGUGCUUGAUGAGAAACUAGGUAAGAAAGUUGGGGGGCAAGCUAUAGAGAAACCACCAGUAACAACCAUUGGAAAGCCUGUUUCGAAGUUCAAUGGAUAUGAAUAUGGUGGUGCACCAAAGGGUAACAAAUUUGUGAUAGGAGCACCAUUCAAAGCUCAUUCAAUUUUUUCCGACUCGGAAGUCGGGCCCCCACCGUCUGAGGUGGCAGCUAUGAUGGCUGAAAGGAAGUAUCCUCUGGAUGAUAAUCAGAGCUCUGUGUUGGAUGGUUGGAGCUUAGAUGAAAGUGUUGAAGGGCUUAAAUCCAAGUUGGAGAGGUGGCGAAUGGAGCUACCACCGUUGUAUGAUCGAGGCUUCUCUACGAGCAGCUACCAAUCGAAGUCAAGUUCUCGGCCAACCCGGAGGAAAGCUGAUAGUAGCAUUGGCUUAUUCUCAUGCUUUGGCAACAUCUGUGGGUACGAGUGCCAAUGCAUUUGUGGUAAGCCUCCCGGGAGGAGUAUGAGCUCAAGUAGGUUCCGUAGCCCGGCUACCACUCCGGGCCGGUCAUACCUUUGAGAAAGAAUAAAUUCAAUGCCAAAUUAAACAUGUUAUGACAUGAUUAGAUAGUUUCGGUCAUACCUUUGAGAAAGAAUAAAUUCAAUGCCAAAUUAAACAUGUUAUGACAUGAUUAGAUAGCUUUGGACAUUAUUAAAUAAGAACAAACUAUUUAUACUGUCCACUAUGAUCAAAUAUUGUAUACCAAACAUCCACUUAGUAUAUUUAUCGAGGUGGGGUUAGUGCCUCACAAAUUACCUCUAUUGACCAAGAGACUUCCCAUUGAUUGAUUUAGAUUUGUGUUUGGGAGAAAAUUCAGACUUUUGAGGCACAUGAAAGCCUAAGGCAAAGAUAUGACGGGACAAGUUAGGAAAUCAGUUUUAAGUAUUCUUUACUUUCAUGUCUUUCUUAUAACUAUGUAAUGUGUCUGGUUUCUUAGAGUAAUGAUGUAAGAGAUUUCUUGUCAGUCUAAACAAAUAAUUGAAUUCUUUCCUCUUGUACUUUUCCACUGUCCUCUAAAUAUGCAAUUUCCAGUUCCUCUA